CAUAAGUUAAUAAUCUUGGCUUUUGCAUAAAAUUUCCUCUAUAUAUAUCCUUUCAUUUAAUUCCUCUCCAAAUUAAUCCCACUUCUCUCUUCUUCAAAAUUACUCAAAUCAAUUUUCUCUUAUAUUAUAAACAGAGUUUUGAUUAAUUAAAUCUUAUAUAUAUACUUAGAAGAAUUGUAUAUGGAUAUGGAUAUUUCUAAUGCACAAAAUUAUCACCAGGAAAUGUCUUCACAAACACUAGAAAGCAUGUUGGCAUGCACAAAGCCACAGCAAGAAAAGAAACCAAGGCCUCAAGAUGAAGUACAAAAAUGUCCUAGAUGUGAUUCUGCUAACACCAAAUUUUGCUACUACAACAAUUAUAGUCUCACUCAGCCUAGGUACUUUUGCAAAUCAUGUAGAAGGUAUUGGACAAAAGGAGGUACAUUAAGAAAUGUUCCAGUAGGAGGAGGGUGUAGGAAGAAACAAAGAUCAUCAUCAAAGAGGUCAAGUCCAGAUAAUCAAUCCUUGAUGACCACCACUACUUGUCCUAGUAAUCAAAUAUCACCUCUUACACAAUUUUCUUAUGAUCCCAAUGACCUUAGUCUAGCAUUUUCUAGGCUCCAAAACCAAGAAAGUGGACAAUUAGUGUGUCCAGAGUUGCAGAGAACAGUUCGAACUGACGUAAUCUUUCCUGAUUCGCUUUGUCUUACUAAUUUUGGGAAUAAUGCCCGUCAUGAUGUUCUUGAAAACCGUGGCAUGUGCACCUCUUCUACAAAAGCUAUUUCUCAUGCUGGCUUUCUUGAUGCACUUAGGGGUGGAUUUCUUGAAACACCAAAUGGCUUCUUGAACCAUAACUUGUACUACUAUGGAUCAAAUGGUAAUAAUGGGAACAAUAUGGGACAUGUUGAAAGUGCAAGUGGAGAAAUGGUAACAAAUUUUGAUCAAGAAGUGAGAAGUGGUAUCACAACAUCCAUUGCAUUGAAAGAAGAGAUGUGUAGUGACAAUAAAAUCUUGUUGGGAUAUCCAUGGCAGAUUAAUGGAGAUGGAAAUGUGGCUGAUUUUGAGUACUCAAACAGGCAAAAUUGGUAUGGUUUAGGGUUUCCUUCUGGGCAUGGACUUCUCAAUAGCCCUCUUAUGUAGAUGUUAGAAAAGAUAAGCCAAUCUUUAAUUUGCCAAAAAAAAAAAAAAAAGAUACAACUAAGAGUUUUUGUUAUUAAUUAGAAGAGGUUUGAAGAUUAUUUUAAUGGUCUUUUGUGUAAGGAGUUUUGAUUCAUUUGAAUCAUCUCUCUCUCUCUUUAGCUUGUUCUUUCAUUGAAGUGAAACUUCCAAAUUUGUUCAUCUAGACUAGCAGUAAAGGUACUGGCCUAUGUAAUUUCAUACUCUCUUUGUUCCAUUUAUGAGAGAUUUUUUAUUAUUUUAA